AUCUUGCUCAUAAAAAAUCUUCUGAUAUCUUGAUUAGUGAUUUAUUGGUUAAUAAAAAUCUUUGUAAAAUAAAAUUUGACACUAGAAAAGUUAAAGUUGAACUCGAAUCUGAAAUAACUGUUAAAUGUGAUGCAUGUGAUUUUACAGAACAUGAAUUAAUUAUGUGUUUAGAACUUAAAAAAAUACUUGUUUGUCUUAAAAAUAAACCAAGCAAUACUGAAUUAAGCUUUUUUGAUAAAGGAAAUUUCUUAUUUGUAAUAUUUCUAGGCUAUAUGGAUUUCGCAUAUAAAAUUCCUGAGUUUAUAUCAGAUGGUUAUAUUGAAAUAUUAUGGAGUUCUCAUUUAAGAGAUGUAGAUUUUAACAAAAUAAUAAGUCAAAUAAGGGAUUGUUGUGAUAGUAAUAAUAAUAUUAAACCAAA